UUUUCUGUUUUAAAAAUACUAUUUACACUCAAAAUAAUUAUAUACUUACAACACGUACGUACUUAUAAAAAGGAAAAAUAAAAAGGCACUCGAUUUUUUAAACUUUCGCAAACGCGACAAUUGCUAAGCGUUUGGUGACGGGGUGAAUUAAGGUAGAGCACGUUGCUUUAAACACACUUAUCAAGAUACUUUUAGUGUGGUUGCUCAUCACAUCCUGCACAUCAUGUGGCGAUCAACCGUAGUCCUAUAAAUGAAAUAAACAAUUCAAACCGUAAACUCAGUAGUUCUGCUGCUCUGAACAAACUUGCCUCAUCAUGUAUCAUCAUCAUCGGGUAGCGUUAUUGAUCGGUUUUCUAUUGCUGGGAUUCCCGAGCGACUGGAAAAUUCAAGCGGAUGAUUGUAUUGAUCUAAAGGUUUAUGCUUCGACGGUUGCAGGCUGUUGCCACCAUGAAGCAUUCAUGGAUACAGAAACAUUUGAUAGCUGCUUUAAAACAACGGAAGACCAACAUACUGAACAAAACGUACAAUCAGUGGUGUGUGCUUUUGAUUGCUCGUACCGGCAGAUGGGAAUCCUACAUGGGGAGGAUGAAAUCGAUCUAGAGACAAUCAACACGCGCCAGGCUGCGUACGAUGGCGCCUAUCAGGAAACGAUCGCAAAUGCUGCGAAUUACUGUAUCGCAGUUAAAGAUAAAAUACGUCAGCGGGCGGAACGUGUGUCAACUACUUGCAGCUCGUUUGCGGUUAAGUUUCAUGCAUGCUUGGUAAUGGAGGUAGUUCUACACUGUCCUGCAGAGCGAUGGAAUGACAGUCCGAUCUGCGCGAAGGUAAAGAGUGGUACGCCAAUAUGUAAAUCGUCGCAAAAGUCUUCAUCAAACUGCAUUACCAAACGGCAGCAAUUUGAAAUUCCCAGCUGCUGCCAGAUGGAACCCCUAGCGUCAAUGGACCUCUUGACAAAAUGUGAAGAAGUGACAGCAGCUGAUACUAAUCCCGGCACAGAUAUGUACGACGUGUGUUUGCAGAAGUGCAUUUAUGAGGAACUUGGAGCAAUUGACGGGUUUGAGGCACACUUGGAGAAGCUUUAUCCACUGGUGGAGGGUUUUCCGGUCGAUUAUCGGAAUACGGUGCAUAUGGCAAUCGAUGAGUGCAGCAAGCUGGUUCGUAAGCUAAAGAAACGAAUCGAACGAAUAGACACGAAAUGUGAGUUUUUAGGUAUUUUUGUCGAUCGUUGCUUGCGAAUGUUUAUAUACGAUAAAUGUCCAACGGCUCGCUGGAGUGCUAGUAUGGUCUGCACUAAGGUUAGGCAAGGUGUUCCAGAAUGUGCAGAUUAAACAUAUUUCAUUUAAAACUGAACAAUAUUGCAUUGAAAUAAAUAACUUUAACCAGAACGUUAAUAUCGUCUAAAUUUUCUUUACU